CAAAACUUUCAAAUUAACAGAAGCAAAAUAGAGCGCUGUGGUCCCGGGUAUUGAUCUUGGAGGAAGAAUUUCUGUCUCGUACCUUACUAGUAACCGUCAGGUAUCCAUCAAAAACACAAAGGAGAAACAAGGCUUGACCGCCAACUCUGUUAUAAUCCAUAUUGAUUCGUCUUUUGUUGCACGCUUUUCUUUUACAAUCGUUCGUUUUGGUUUUUUGGUCACCGGUUAUUCGUGAUCAUCCUCUGCCAAUUUUAUUUUUUUAGGUGCUGCUUUUUUGGAUUUUUUUGUUUGAACAUUUGUUCUCCUAGUUUUUUUACAUGUCGAGUUUUGUUAUUCCCACAAUCAGAACCGUUUCUGAUGAAUUCACGGUUUCAGCCAAAGCACCUCCUUCAAAAAAGCAGAAGACAAAAGCUACUGGCUCAAAAAAAUCCACGGUUUCCCUUGCAAUUGACACAGGAUGUGUCCUGCAUGAAACAAAUCUGCUCUUAAGAACGGCCCUCGUUUGGCGGAUUGCUGGUCUUUUAUUGACAUUUAAUGUCACGGAGGUGAUUUUAGUUGAACCCAAGAAAGAAGCCGCUGGUGCAUUAGAAGUAAAAAACUGCACCGAGUUCGUGGAAACACUGCUCUCCUACUUAGAAGCACCUCCGUACUUACGAAAGGCGUUAUUUCCUCUUAACCCUGCGUUACGGUUCACAAGCUCGUUUCCACUGCUCGCAUUUCCUCAUCACAGUACGCUUACAACUUCGGCACAAAGCGUACGUUACCGUGAGGGCGUUGUCGAGGGAAGCGAGCCAUAUGUUCGUAAUAAAACGCUUGUUUAUGCAGGCUUGGACAAGCCAGUCCGUGUGCCGGGAAAGUAUCCGAGAGGGACUCGUGUCACGGUCAGUCUGAAACAAGUACCCAAAAAGACAGCAAAGUCGUCCUUAAACAGCGAUUGCUUUGAAGGCGAUGUUGUUUCCAGCUCGGCACCAAGAGAAAAAGGCGGUUUGUAUUGGGGAUACACCAUUCGGCGAGCUCAGUCUUGGAAAGAUGCCGUUUCUUCAUGCUCGUAUAAAGGCGGUUAUAGCCAUGUAAUCGGUAUAGACCGUACAAUUCCAUCGUCGACGGGAAACGUCUUCGGUGAAUUACAAAACCCCAAACACACCUUACUUCUGUGUUUUCUUUCCAAGCCCGGGAAGGAACAGUUAAGCGUUGUCACUCACUCCACAAAUCCACUUCCCUUUGCCCUUGCCAGUCCUUCCUAUGAGCAGUGCAUAAGCAGUGCCCUGACUGAGCUAUGUACACUAAGAAAAGAAUAAUAGUGAAUACAGG